AUGCCGAUUGGUUCAAGCACAUGCUUGGGCAACAUCAGACCGCCCAACCUCAAGCUGGGAGUUACGGCACCACCGACAUUGACGAGGCAGAGGAGGCAAUCCACGAGCAAUACUAAAGCUGUAUACGUCGAAAACGAAAAUGUGAUAUCGUACAGCGCCAUGGAAGAUGCUCAUAUCAGUUUAAAUACGCCCCAGAGCUUGAGCAAAGCGCACCGGGUGUCUUCUGAGAGCUUAAGGGUUGUAACAGCUGCGCCACUUGUAUGGCAUGGUGGAUCGCCAGGCGGAGCAAGUAUAUCCACUCAAGACUGCGAUAAGAUUAAAGUGUCAAGUCAUCAUGGGGGGGAGCCUGAACACUCUGAUUGUGACGAGACAGAUGCCGUCGUCUCUGUUCGUGAUUUAGGUUUCAGCGCGAUGCCUUGGCCAGCACACCAUUCAUGCAGCCGCAAACCCAGUCAAGGUGAUGUCUUCAAUCGCAUGCCUUCAAUCGAGGAAAUAGAAGAUGAAAUUCGACAAAGAUUGAGAGCAAUCUUAACCGGAGCGAGAUGGACCAUGGGGAAUAUCUUCCAGUCGAUUCAUUUGAAAGGAUCUUUGACCUCAAAAACCAUGAUGUCUGUCGUCAAAACUCUCUAUCAGGGUAUCACUGAAGAAGACUUCUCUCGAAAGGCUGGCCAAAUCUGGGGUAAUGAUACUGGCAGCCGACGAAGGAUCGUCGCUACACUGGUAAUAAUGAAACAAACCAGCCGCAUCGAAGACUUCAUCCAAGAAAACAUCUUCGAUCACCACUUGCCACUGUGCCCCAAGAUCAAGAGCAGGAAAGAGUUCAGAACUCUUGGCGAUUACCCCAUCAACACGACUCUCUUUCAACACUAG